GAUCCAGUACGAAAGUGUCAAUUUAUAGCUGUUCAGAAAGGCUUGUUGAAAGGUCAUUUAUUUCUGAACAGAAAUUUUUUUCUGGACAAAAUGGCUGACCAAAAAUUUGAAUCCAAUCUUGAAAGUUAUGGAACUGUUAAUAAAGAAAAUUACAGCAAAAUGAAAAAUGGACUAAAAUUACCUUCAUCUCUGAAAAGGAGAGUUUCAUUAUCUGAUAUCAUAGCGGCAACAAUCGGAGAAGAAGCGAGAUCUUGUGAUUCACUGUACACAGAUAAUGAUCAAACGUUUUUCACAGGAAGGGGAAAUAAUAGCAAAGAUCGUGAGGAUAUUUCUGGAAUUGCCGAUCUAAAAUACGAGCCAACAAACAGUAAAAAAUGUUCAAACUUGAAAACUGAAAAUUCCAAUAAUGCUUGUGAUCUAUACAAUGGAUUUGGAACAAAGCAAAAUGACUUUGGUGCAGACAUUUUCAAAGAUUUUUCAUUCAGUGACAAACAAAACCUUGAUUUUGAAAACAAAAAUGUGGAAAAUGGUUUCACUCCAACAAUUGGUUUUGAUACAGAGAUGGACUUUUUAUCAUCACUGUUCACUCCUGAAGGAAACAUGGAACCACAGGACAUCUCAACCUGUCAGACAACAGGAGUAUUACCCAAGGCAGAUACACCCAUUUCAGAAGAAGGACAUUCAACACAAGUAACAAACACCUCCUAUGACUCAGAUUUGGAAGACUCCAUGCACUUUGUUGAUCCAGAUGAAGCAAGCAUCCAGACUUUACCAGACGACAAUCUGGAAUCACUAGAACCAAUCUCCAAGAAACAGCGAGUCAGUCUGCAUGAUUCAAAUUCAUGCCCAUUUCCAAUCACAUCUAGAAGUUUCAGUGAUGGCAACCAGGACAUUCUCAGCUCGUUCAAUGAUGAUUUGCAUGGUCCAGUAUUUAGAAUGAAUGGCAUUACCAGGACGCGAUCCUUUUCUGGUAACAUUAAACCAAAACUCUCACGUCAAAGUGGAAAAUGCAACCUUCUCAAUAGAAACUCGGAGAAAACACCUAAUUUUGGUCGUACAAGAUCAUUUUCUGAGGCGUGCAAUCGGGAUGACCUUAGUCCUUUAGGCGACAGCAGUUUCAACACUUCUCUAAGUUCGUUACUGGAGUCACCAGAAAAUAGUCCGCUAUCCAAUAAUCCAUUUUUCAGUGACUUAAAAUCUUUACUUAUUUUGGAUUGUAAAACAAUAGACUGUCCAAAAACUCUCUUUGAGACACUGUCAAACAAACCCAAACAGGAUGUGUAUGCAAGAGAAAGAAAUCUCCAAUCAAAAUUCAGCUCACUACAAGGAAAAUAUCCUGAUGAGGUCCGAGAACUUUCAUCGUUCUAUCGGCAACAGUCGGCCGAGGUUGAAACCGAAAGACUGAAAGAAAUCCAUGACGAUAACAUGCCAAUAUCUUACCGCAAUCAUUUAAACAGUUACUAUGACAACCAAUUACACAUGAUCAUGGAAAGAGUUGAUAAAAGCUUGAACCUGCUCUCAAUAGCCAAACGCGAAAUUAUUACUAUAAAUAGACCGUUCAAAUCCCGACCACUUCUUUCUAGGAAAGCAGUAAAAAUGAUGGAGGAGUGGUAUUCACGCAACUACGAACAUCCGUAUCCAGGACCUACUGCUGUCGAAGCUCUAGCCAAAGCAGGGGAGAUAACUAAUGAACAAGUCAAAAAGUGGUUUGCAAACAAACGCAAUAGAUGUAAAAACACAAAACCAGUGCCAGAAAUUGCAAACAUGAAAAGGAAACGGCAAUUUUCUGCCCGCUGGUAACCCCAAUAGUGCUACAAGUGUCUACAGAAAUUGAUAAUGAAAACUGUUUAGUAAUAUGAAUAAACAGCAGUGAAAUGUUCAAAGUGUAAAUGAUUCAAAGUGAACUGUGUUACAAAUACAAAUUUCGUUAUCAAACAUGUGCUAAUAAUAUUAAUAGUGCUAUUUU